GGCAAGCAAAUACUAUCCACAACAGAAAUAUUCAGGCAACUUAAACAACGAUGGUAAGAAUUUCACCACAGAUGAAACAAAUCAAAUCCUUGACGAAGUAAACCAAAUUUAUAAUGAACCUUCAGAUAAAGAAUUUUGUCUUCCCUCUGCUCAAAAAGGCAAUUAUGAGAAAGAAUUAGAGGAGGAAAUACAAAAACUAGAUGAUGAAGAACAAAGAAGCUGUGCAAGUUGUUCGACACAUACCAGAAUAACGAGUACAACAAUGUUUAAAGCCGGACAACAUAUUGCUAAACCUGGAGAUUAUUUAAAAAAAUAUAUUGAAGUUUUCAGGAAGUAGGUAUCCCCAUAUGAUCACCACAUGAUUGUGAAAUGUGUUGAAAGUGUUUCAGAGAAUAGAGCUAAACUGAAGUUAAUUCAUUUCAAGAAAUCAGACGAGAAAGAAAUCAAGAUAACUGAAUCAACAGAAACCUUUGAUUUAAGAUACGACGAAGUAUACCUUGUUGAAUAUCGUUUUCCUCUAUAUUCUCCCAAUGAAAUUAUUAAACGAGCCGAAUCAAUGCUGCCUAAAGAAUGUUCGGAAGACGCCAAAUUUAAAAAAUAUAACUUGCUUACUGGAAAUUGCGAACAUUUUGCAGUAUGGUGCGUAACUGGUCGUAAAGAAAGUAUCCAGAUUCAGGGUUUGUUCGAAAAAAUUAAAGAUGGGGCAACAUAUAUUUUCGGACCUACCAGUGCAGUUUCAAAAGGGGUGCAAAAGAUUAUUCUGAAUAGUGUAGAUGAAAUUGCGGCUGAAUUAAAGAAAGCUGUUCCAAGUAUUGUUGUUUCUGGGAUAGCUGCUGUGUACCUUAUUUAUUGCGUCAUUAUGACAGCUGUCAAUAUCAAAUAUUAUACGGUAGACAAAACGCUUUGUUGGUCUUGUCUAAAGAAGAAGUUGCUAAAAUUAUGGCUGUCGCUCGUGGUAUUUGGAAUCACUUCUGGGAUUCAACUUAUAAUUUAUACUUUUGCCUUACCAUUGAUUUCAAGUCCAUUAAGAAUUCCAUUUAUGAUACUUAUUAUACUUUUAUCUGUCGGACUCCAAAUGUCAGUACCUUCACUUAUACGCCCUUUACAAUCUCCAAUAUUUGGACAUGAUAUAUUCCUGAAAAGUACUGAUGAAAUAAAUGUGGGCGAUUUACUGGAGUUGAAGUAUUUCAAACUUCCUCACAUUAUACUUGUGACAGAAGUUCACAGCGAGAAAGUGAGGGCUAUCCAUUAUGCAGCACCGAGCCAUCCCUUUGCAAGACGAAUAGUUAAGGAAGAGUAUUUCAGCAUCAACAGUUCUAGUGUCAAAAAGAAAUAUAUGCUGUCAAAAUGUUAUCCACCCAAUGUCGUUGUUGAACGCGCUCGAAAAAGGCUCGGAGAGACAAAAUUCAACAUGUGGUCAAAUAGAUCAUCUCAUCUCUGUAACUGGGCAAAAGUUGAUCUACGAGCUGAGUCUGUUUCAGGUGUAGAUGAUCAUUCACUCGACAGACCAAAGUCAAACAACAAAAGCUCAUUGAAAGUUUGCAACAGAGAAGUUCACUUGGUAGAUGAACUUGAAGAGGGAGACGUAGUGAUACUUGACAAGAUAAACAUGCUUCCAUUUUGGGUUUCAGACAAGUUUCCAUUUAUGUCCCCAUUUAUGGUUCCAUUUAUACUUAUGAAUACAUAUGUUCAGGGAAUUGUUUUGGAUAUAAAGGGCAAUAGAGAGGAAAGCAUUACUCUUGAACUCUUGAUUCACAUAGGUGUACAAGUGUGCAGGGUACGGGUUCAUAUUGAUCUUAAAACGGAACGACUUUUUGUAUGUAAAUAUUUGGAGGGACAUUGUAAAUCCAUGAGAGACAGAGUCACAGCGGCGUUAGAAAUGGCAAACAAAUGGCAAAUAUUCUUUACAAACAAAGCAUUUGUCGAGGCUUGUGUCAUGCGUCACCCGGAAUAAAUUUACGACUUUCUCAGAAAUUGAACAUUGAAAUAGAUUAUAUAAAAUCAUCUUUCUAAUUUAAUCAGACACAGGACAAUUAAAAAAUUCUAGAAAAUAGAAAUGAUUUAAUCUUUUAUAUAUUUUAGAUUGAUCAAACAAGGAAUAAAUGACAAUCCAAUUGUCAUACAUGUUAAACUACAAUGAACGCAAGUUAUAUCUGUUACAGCGUUUUCAAUUUCCUGAGAUUUUUCACGAAAAAACAGUGAUCUAAGACAGCAAUUAUUAAUACUAAUAUCAGUUUAUACUAUAAUUAUUGUAAAAACAGCCUCGUGUGUUUUCAUUCAAAAUAAGAAAAAAAACGUACUACCUUUCGUAAAGACAUAGAAUGUAAGUCGGAUGAUAAUGUUUCCAUUUAAAAUGCGUUUGCCACUUUAAUUAAUCAUCUGUAAGCCAACGUCAGACGACGCUGGCUAUUUCCAAGACAACAAAAAACAAGGAUUUUGUAGGGAAACAGAGAAGGAAGACGCAAUGAUAUUUCACAUGUCUAAUGAGAGAGGAUUAUUUUCUGAAUAUCACGUGUAAUAUAGUAAAAGACUGUUUUAUUGUACGACAAGAGAAAAUGAUAACUACUUCUCGCAAACGUAGAAUAAAAUCAUAGCAGCAAAUAUAUUAUUAACAUUUUUUCACGUAUAACAGAUAAUAAUAGAGUUUUAAUUAUUAAAUGUGUUUGAUUUAAUGAGUAUAUGUAACCUUACAUAUUUUUGGAAAUUAAACCAUUUAAGCAAUGCAUGAUAUAUAUAUAUAUAUUUAAAUCAUAGUUAGAUAAUGAUUUUAUUUAUAAAUGUUUUCACCUUUAUUCAUUGAAAAGAUAAUCAUGUACUUGGUUAGUCAGUGUGACUACGGAAGCUCCUCGAAUAUGACAAAAGAGUCGUUCACUUCAGAAUGGGAACCUGAAAAAGGAGGAUAUAAUGGUAAUGAAUAUGUUAAUUUAUCAUUUAUAUCAUGGGCUAUAGAGAAAUACAGGUUGCAGUAACAUUAUUGUAAAUAUAAAAUUUAAUUAUUUAUUAAAUGACAGGAGGAAUUGAAAAAUGUUUCUCAUAUAGUUUAAAUAAAUAAAUA